AAAGCUAUAUGUGGAAGAAAACCGUGACCUAGGACAAGCUGAUGGCAUAAGAUACAAAAUGAGUGGAAGAGGAGAUGGAUCACACAAUAACCGUAAUGGCCAACAGGUUAACCCAGAAAAUCUUCCAAGUGGAGAUCAGGAACCAGCUUAUGAACCUCAUGGUGGACGCCUUGGCUUACUGAACAGUCUUUUUCUUGCUCUCUAUAAUACUUUUUGGAGGAUGAAUGAAAUAUUAGGUGUAUUAUAUGCAUCAGAUGAUGACCUUGGCAUUGACUUUGACAAUGUCAACAAUGUAAACAUUCCCAAUAUUAAUGUAAGGGACAAUAAUGCCAAUGAACUGCAUGAUGAUCAAAAUGCUGUUAUUGUUGGCAUUGAAAAUGAGGAUUCUGAUGAGGCAUUUGAAGACUGUGAGGAUGUUCACCAGUACAUCCCAGAAGAGGACCCUCAGCCAGGUGUGUCCAGGAGGAGGUCUAGAGAGAUGGAUGAAGAAGAUGUGGAACCAAGCAAAAGAAUCAGAUGGAGCGAGGAGUUUUCUGAUGACGACUCUGACUUCAUCUCUGCUUGUGACACUGAUAGCGAGGGCUGUCCUCAUGUUGGUAAUAUUGCUGAUGAGGACAUCAAAGAACCGCUGCCUGGUGGAUCCACAAAAAGAUCCAGAGAGGAAGAUGUAGAUGAAGAAGAGCAUAAUGGCAAAAAAUCCAGGCUUUCAAACAGUAGUGAUGAACUUUUUGAAGAUGCACUUGAAGAGCUUGACAACCAUGAAGCUGGAGGCUCGAGGAAGCGGUCCAGAGACGAUUUUGAGGAAGAAGAGGAAUACGUGCGUGUUUGCAAAUUUCGGAGGAGUUCAAAUGAGUCCACCAGCACCAGUGAUGACAACUAACACUAUUUCGACGGGUUUUUUCAGUAUCCUUUUAGUAGGCUGAUGGCCUACUCAGCUGACUCUGAAUCCUCCUCCUAUUGUUAUGCUGCAAUAAGCUGGGCAUACACUGUGCGAUUUUUUUUUCAGUUGCAUUAUUCAGCUACUGCUCAAACUGCACGAUUGACUCGCAGGGGUUCGUAGGUCACGAUGCAGGGUCUCACGCUAUACGGCCCGAUGCUCUGUGCGACCUGAGUGCUCACACUGUGCGUCCAUAGCAUGAAGGUUAUAACACAAAAUUGUACACUAUUUUCACAGUUGUUGCGGUCGUGAUCAUUUUGUGAGGCCACAUCGAAAAGGCUCGGAUGAGCUUGCCAAAGUUCUACAAGUUGUGCCUCCAUCGCUCGUGUCCUGAUCGCGCGCUGCACUGCCGUGCUGCUCCGUCUUUUCACUUUCAUUUCUGUGUUUGUGCGUGCGCAGUGUGAGACGCUGCGUUGACACCCUCACAACGGCCGACAGGAUUUCAAACAGGUUUGAUUUUCUGACGACCAAACGAUUGAUGAUCGGGAGCUGGUCGUGAGGUGUUAAUCGCUUCUCGUUAUCCGAUGUAUACGAUGCACGACACGCGAUUAAGGCCAAACUCGGGCCAAUCCCCAAAACGGUCGCACAACUGAAAAAUUGGCUCAAAAUGGGCCAAAAAUCGCACAGUGUAUGCCCAGCAUUUUUUCCUUUUCACUCACCUUCUUCACCCACUGGUUUUUAAUCUCUGUCUCUCUUCCACAGCACGUCUUUAUCCUGUUUUCCUUGCCCCUCCCCAACCGGUCGCAGCAGAUGGCCGCCCCUCCCUGAGCCUGGUUCUGCUGGAGGUUUCUUCCUGUUAAA